CCCGGGCGCGGGCGGCCGGGGUUCAGAGUGCGGGCCGCGGAGCGGGCAGCGCGGUCUCGGCAUGGGUCCGCGCGCUGGGCCUGCGCGGGCGAUGCCGCCUGGUCCUCCCUGACGCCUGACGCUGAGUGUCGCCGCCCCGAUGGCCGCCGAGCCCCCAGCGCUGCGCCUGCGGCCGCCGGGAAGCACCGGAGACAGCCCGCCGGUGCCGCGCCUGCUCGGAGGCUGCGUGCCGCUGUCGCAUCAGGUGGCUGGCCACAUGUACGGCAAGGACAAAGUGGGGAUUCUCCAGCACCCAGAUGGUACAGUUCUGAAACAGCUGCAGCCACCGCCGCGGGGCCCAAGAGAGCUGGAAUUUUAUACCAUGGUUUACGCUGCUGACUGUGCCGAUGCUGUUCUCCUGGAGCUGCGGAAACACCUGCCCAAGUACUAUGGCGUCUGGUCCCCUCCCAGCGCACCCAACGCAGAUGUGUACCUAAAACUGGAAGAUGUGACUCAUAAGUUUAACAAGCCCUGUAUAAUGGACGUGAAGAUUGGGCGGAAGAGCUACGACCCCUUUGCCUCGGCAGAGAAGAUUCAGCAGCAGGUCAGCAAGUACCCUCUGAUGGAGGAGAUCGGGUUCCUGGUGCUCGGCAUGAGGGUUUAUCAUCUUCACUCUGACAGCUACGAGACACAAAACCAGCACUAUGGAAGAGGCCUGACGAAAGAGACUCUGAAGGAGGGUGUCUCCAAGUUUUUCCACAACGGCUUCUGUUUAAGGAAAGACGCGGUGGCAGCCAGUAUUCAGAAGGUCGAGAAGAUUCUCCAGUGGUUUGAAAAUCAGAAGCAGCUUAACUUUUAUGCAAGCUCUUUACUGUUUGUUUAUGAAGGUUCAUCUCAGCCAGCUACCACAAAAUCAAACGAUAGAACUUUGGCGGGGAGGUUUCUCUCCAAAGGAGCCCUGUCGGACGCGGAUGUACUAGAGUGCAAUAACAACUUCCAUCUGUUCAGCUCCCCGGCCAACGGCACGUCAGUGGGCAAAAGCUUAUCCAAGGCGUACUCGAGGCACAGAAAGCUGUAUGCAAAAAAGCACCAGAGUCAGACUUCCCUCAAAGUUGAAACUCUGGAGCAAGACAACGGGUGGAAAAGCAUGUCCCAGGAACACUUAAACGGAAACGUGCUUUCCCAACUGGAAAAGGUGUUCUACCACCUUCCGGCGGGCCGGCAGGAGAUCGCGGAAGCGGAAGUGCGGAUGAUAGACUUUGCUCACGUGUUCCCUAGCAACACAGUAGAUGAGGGGUAUGUUUACGGUCUGAAGCAUCUAAUUGCCGUGCUUCGGAGUAUCUUGGACAGUUGAGUCUUGCUGCAGUCUGUGAAGGAGCGGGCCAAUCACCACGGAGAGCUAGCUGCAGGCGUUAGCCGUGCACCUUGUACUGCUCUGUAAAAAUUUGUAUUGUGAGUCAGUGUUUUAUUUGUCUUUAUACUUUUGGUAGAUGGUUAACUUUUUUAUAUUCUUACUCAGGAAUACUAAUUUGUUCAUUAGAAAACUAUGAAGAAUAAAGAAACAGGAAUGUCGUGCAGGGAAUGUGUGGGACACGGAGCAAACAGCUGUAACACUUGCAAGUCAUUACGCAGUCAUCUAGAGGUCACGUAGCUUUCUGUAGCCAGUCACCAUGAAAUCUCUGUCCUCCCAACCUUGCCGGUGAGCUGACUCUAAACUAUGACCUUAUCGGGCCGUCCUAAGAUCUGGAAAGCGUCCCUAAAACUGGAGAACAUUUUACACAGAAAGGCUCUGUGGGUUCUAUGUUAAAGGCAGAGCGCACAGUGUAUGAAAGAAAGGUGCUUAAGUGGGUGCGCUCCACCAGCAGGGCUCCCCCCAGCCCCUUCAGUGCUCAGUGCCGAGCAUCAUGGGAAGGGGAGUGGGUCAGAUGGCCGGCAACAGUCUUGGAAUUAACAGCACAAAUUUUCCUCCCUAGGGUCAAGAGAAGAGAGAUUAUUUGUAAAAAA